CGAAUGUUUGACAAUCGCACAUUCCGAACUGUCAAACACCCAGACAAUUGAUUUGUGGCUUUAUCGUGAAAAAAAGGUAUUUUUGUGACAUUAGUGAUACAGAAUCCGUGCUGAAUAGUGAAUUUAGGUAUUAACAAACAUGCUGUACUUAGAGGAUUACCUGGAAAUGAUUGAACAUUUGCCACAGGAGUUGAGGGAUAGGUUUACUGAGAUGAGAGAAAUGGACUUAUCUGUACAGAAUAACAUGGAUUCACUGGAGAAGAGAGUGCGCCUGUUCUUCUCCCAGUGUCGCCGGAAUGAACUGCAAUCGAGUCAGGCUGAGGCGGAAUUUCAGUCUCUGCGAAAGGACUAUUACAAAGUCCUGGAGGAUGCGGAUGAGAAGGUGCAACUUGCUAGUCAAAUGUAUGAUUUAGUUGAUCGGUAUUUGCGUCGCCUGGACAGUGAAUUGUACAAAUUCAAGUGUGAACUCGAGGCGGAUCACAAUGGGAUCACGGAGAUCCUCGAGAAGAGAUCCCUCGAGCUGGAUGGAACAAGUAACAGUAUUGGAAGCGCAGGGAGCAAUCAUCAGAAGGAAAACCGAUACUUUGGCCUUUUGGCCAGUGGGAGCGUUCCAGCUGGGCAGAAUCAGAGGGCAGAGACUCGCUAUCGGCACAAGACAGAGAAGAGGCGAGAUAGUGGAAGUGGAGCAAGUUUGGGCGUUGAAAAGCGUCAGGCACUGAGCAUAACGAAUUCCCAGACUGCAGUGCGACCCGUUACACCGAAUAUGGCCACUAGCAGUGUCCAUCAGCCCCUGACGAGCACGCCCAAUUCCUCCGUGGCCUACACUCUGCACAGCAUUGGAGCCGGGAAUGCCAUUGCAGCAGCCGCGAGUCAAGCCAUCGCAGCCACGCAACAGAUGCAGCAGGGAAGGAGAACGGCCAGCCUGAAAGCCUCCUACGAAGCCAUCCACAGUUCAUCGGGCAGCGGAGCUCAUGAACUGCUCCUUGGGACGGAUCUGACAGGUGUCACGCAUUCAGCUCUCAGGGCAGUUGAACGCGAAGGCAGCUCGUACAAUUCCAGCCAGAGGAGGCACAAGAAGAAGCUGACAUCUAGCUUAUCGCAAAACAGCCAAUCGUCACUUCCGGCAACACCGACGACGGUGCAGGUUCCCCUUGUAGAACCUACAACGCCUACGGUGAUGAUCAAUGAGAAUGGGAUGGUAGUGGAGCAGACUCCGGAAGGGGAAUGGACCUAUGACCCCAACGAGCCUCGCUACUGCAUCUGCAACCAAGUUUCCUACGGAGACAUGGUUGCUUGCGACAAUGAAGACUGUCCCUUUGAAUGGUUCCACUAUCCUUGCGUAGGGAUCACGCAAUCGCCCAAGGGAAAGUGGUACUGCCCUCAGUGCACAUCAUCGAUGCGUCGGAGAGGUUCACGGAAGACGUAGGUGAGUUUGAUUUUUCUUCAAUCGCAUCCCAACUCUUUGAGAUUACUUCCCAACCCAGAGGAUUCUUUUUAUAAAUUCUUCCAAACUCAUAAUUCGAUCAUAAGCUAAUUACUGUAAAAUAAAUUAUUGUGAAUGAAAAAAAAAGAAAUGAUUGAAGUGAA